AUGGUGACUUCUACGCGCAUUGAGGAGAUGAAGAACCCUUCGAUUGUGCUUUACAAGGCUGGCCAUGCGAAAGUGCAGGACGCGCCUGUGCCGGAGAUUGUGGAUCCGCAUGAUGUUCUUGUGAGGAUUGCGUUUGUUGGAGUUUGCGGUAGUGAUGUUCACUUCUACCGCCACGGCGGCAUCUCCCGCAUGGUCGACCCCGCCGUAGGCAUAACCAUGGGCCACGAAGCCUCGGGCGUCAUCUCCGCCAUUGGCUCCUCCGUAACCCGUGUGCGCCCCGGCGACCGCGUCGCCAUCGAACCAGGCCAGCCCUGUCGCUUCUGCCGCCCCUGCAAGUCCGGAUCCUACCACCUCUGCAAAAACAUGCGGUUUGCAGCCGACCCCGGCCCCCCCGCCACGCAGGGCACGCUGUCAAAGUACUACCGCAUCGCCGAGGACUUUGUGUACAAGGUACCCGAAAGCAUGAGUCUGGAGGAGACGGUGCUGGUGGAGCCGACGAGCGUGGCGGUGCAUGCGGUGAGGUUGGGGGAUGUGCGGCCCGGGGAGACGGUGGUAGUAAUGGGGAGUGGGACGAUUGGGCUGUUGGUUGGGAAUGUGGCGAGGCAGUUUGGCGCGCAUCGAGUCGUGUUGGUUGACGUGCUGCCGCGGAAACUGGAGUUUGCCAAGGGGUUCUUGGAGUGCGAGACGUUUUUGUCGGAUAGGGAGCACUCGGCGGAGCAGAAUGCCGCGGCGCUGCUUGAGGCUCUUGGGUUGGAGGAGAUUGAUACUGUGAUUGAGUGCUCUGGUGUCUCAGUGUCUAUUGAGACCGGGAUCUAUGUCCUACGCGGUGGAGGGAAGUAUGUGCAGACUGGGAUGGGACGCCCGAAGAUGGAGUUUCCCAUGACGGUGAUGAGUGAGAAGGAACUCGUUGUGAGAGGAUGCUUCCGGUACAACACUGGCGACUAUGACCUGGCUGUGAGCAUGAUAGCGAAGGGCCUGAUCAAUGUGAAGCCGAUGAUAUCUUCGACGUCAGAAUUUGAGGACGCGACGGGUGCGUGGGAGAAGACGGCGAGGGGGGAGGGGAUCAAGAAUUUGAUCCGAGGAACCGACUGGAAGUCUCACAAGAAGAUCGGCGCCAUGCAGGCGGCCGGAAACAACAUCGGACCAAGCCUCGACGAGACAUUCGCUGACGCUACGAACAGUUACAAGCACAAACAUACCGUAGCUUCUGGGCCGAACAUCGAUCACGCCGAGACGUACAGGCAGGAGAAUAUCAAGAACCUCGAGAAGCACACCCCAACACCUUCACCCAUAUCAACAAAGGUCCCUACCUGCACGAUCGCCCGGAGGGAGAUGCCUUCAAUAUACUCAUCAACGCUAUCCAAGUCGUUGAGGUGCCGACAAUUUCUCAUCCCACAACAUCAGCAACCACACGGAGCUACCUCGCAUACGCCAAAAGCUCAGAAGAACAUCUGA